UGGAAGCUGCCAUCAGCUGUUGUUUACGUUUGUGGAGUCUGGUUGUGAAGUGAUGGCUGUGUAGUUUUAUUUGUUUGUUUGUCUAUUUAUUUCUUAUCGGACGCUUCAUUUCACUAUUCGAAAGGAAUUGAUACCGAGUCAAUUCAAUGGGUGCCGCGGAGAGCACCGGGACUGAGAGGGAGCCGCUGCUCGGGCCGAGCCAGGCAGAAGCGAGGGUCCAGCCGGAGACAAACAGCGGCAGGGUGUACGGGCGGAGGUGGCUUGUUUUAACCUUGUUCUCAAUGCUGGCGUUUUUACAAGGCAUGGUGUGGAACACAUGGGGUCCCAUCCAAAACUCCGCCAAGCAAGCGUUCGGCUUCUCAUCCACGGACAUAGCUAUUUUAGUGAUUUGGGGACCUGUGGGCUUCCUUCCAUGGCUCCUGUUUAUGUGGCUGAUGGACAAAAAAGGGUUGCGGGCCUCUCUCUUGCUUACUGUCUUCUUCAUGGUGUUGGGCUCCGCUCUGCGCAGUGUCCCUCUCACAAACCUGCAGCUCAGACGCUGGUUAAUUCAUGGUGGGCAGCUUCUUAAUGGUUUAGCUGGUCCAACCCUUAUGAGUGCCGGCCCUCUACUCUCCACUACAUGGUUUGCUCCAGAUCAAAGGGCGACAGCCACAGCUGUCGCAUCAUUGGUUGGCUACCUGGGAGCAGCCUGCUCCUUUCUGAUUGGUCCUCUGGCUGUACCAGCACCCAAUGAUACCCAAAUAGUGAACAGCAACAUCCACUGGGACACAGAGCACGUCAGGAACAGAAUAGAGUUUGUUCUCUAUACAGAAUUGGGGAUGAUCGCAGUCCUCUUUGCAGUUGUGCUGCUCUAUUUCCCAUCUAGGCCGCCAAUUCCACCCAGCGUAGCAGCAGCUAGCCAGCGACUCAGCUAUAGAAGCAGCAUCUGCAGAUUGCUGAGCAACAUGAGGUUCCUCAUGAUCGCGCUUGCCUAUUCAGUGCCUACAGGAGUUUUAGCUGGAUGGUCUGGUGUAUUGGACAUGAUUCUGACUCCAGUCAGAAUCAGCCAGGUAGAUGCAGGGUGGAUAGGCUUUUGGUCUACUGUCGGAGGCUGUGUAUUUGGCGUAGCCAUGGCAAGGUUUGCUGACUAUAUCCGAGGAAUGCUGAAGCUGAUCGCGGUGCUGAUGCUGGCUGGAGCCUCACUGGCAGCCACUUGGUUCACACUCACCUGCCUGACCAGACUGACUCACCUACCCUCCACUAAAGCCACACUUUAUACCUCCUGUAUCCUGCUGGGCAUCUUCAUCAACAGCAGCAUUCCCAUCUUCUUCGAGCUUUUCAUUGAGACGGUUUACCCUGUGCCAGAGGGCAUCACCUGUGGUGUGGUCACCUUCCUCAGCAAUCUCUUCACUGGCCUGCUCCUUUUCUUUCUCACCUUCUACAUCGCAGAGCUUUCCUGGUUGAACUGGUGUCUUACAGGUUCCUGCCUCUUCAGUCUUCUCCUCAUUCUUUUCUUCAGGGAAUCCUAUGAUCGUCUCUAUCUGGACGUCUUUGUAUCAGUCUGAGUGGAAAAAAAUGACUGAGCUGUACUGGCACCUGCUUUCAUAAAGGAGACAGACAUUGCAUAAUCUUCCUCAGAUUUCUGUGAGGAAGUUGUGUUCUUUGCUUUGUGAUAGCAAAUGAAAUGAAGAAAGCACCUUACUGGUGAUAUAGUAGUGUGGAUGUUUUUUUUUAUGUGUACUUGAUAUUUUGGUUGUUUUAAUAUGUCUUUUACUUGAACAAAUGGUGAUGUGUUGACGUACAUUCAUUACAUGAGUGUUGAUACUAAUAAAGAAGUUAAUAAUAACUCCAGUAGAGAGAUUCCCAGGCCUUUACAGGGAUUGAACAGGACCUUUAGGGGUAAUUAUAAUCUCAGUCAUCUGCUGUCAAAAGACUUAGUAGUUUGGUGUUAUUCAUAUCUAUGACAUAACCAGUGAAGGAAGUAGUACUGUAACUUAUCUGUAACAGUGCUCAUCAAGAAAUGGCCUAAAUGUUCCUUUACGCCUGUUCAUUUUCCCUCUUCUUACCUUAUUAUUAUGCAGAUGCAUAAUGAUUUGUUCUUCUUGUUCAGGUCUUCAGCAUCUCAGUUUUAAAUCCUGUGAUUGAAGAAGUAGUCUUAUGUGUAGUUCAUUGUCAAGAAGUUUUUUUAAGGUCUCUCUUCAAAUCAUGGGGGUUUCUGUCCCAGAACAGAUUUACAUAUGUACAGGAAAAAGAAUCUUCUUUAUGAGCAUAAUGUUUUUCUUUAAAAGCUUCUGCAAGCACAGAGUAGCCAUCAACUGUACUGAGACUUGUUGUUGUUUUAGCUGUUAUUAAUUGUCAAUGGUGCAUGUACACCCGAGCAUGUGCCAAAGGUUUUUCAGUAAUUUAUGCAGAAGCUUUUUAUUUAUUUCAAGAAGCCAAACACUAACAGAUAAAGACAUGCUUAAUGGAUUAUAUGUCAGUUUAAGUACUUGACAUUAGUAUAGCCAUAAAUUUAAGGAGGGAUAAUAUAUUUAAAAACAGGCCUAGGUCAUCUUAUUAGUGAUGUAAAGACACUACAUGUGUAGUUACAACAUGUUUGACUCGAGUUGUUGGCGGUGUAGUUGUAGGUUCACUGAGUAGCCUCUUUAUUAUCUUACCUACUUUAAGUGCGUGUUUUGGGAAGGAACUUCAGGGGUAUUCUUUAACUUUCUGUAAAUUGUAAUUUGGCCUAAUAAGUCCCAUGGUUCAGAUUAAAGAAGGUCUUCAGAGGAAGUGUAAAACUGUCAUACAGAGGGGAUGCAAUAACUAACUCCAGAAAGUCUUCAGAGGGACCCAGCUCAUGGAUCUGUUGUUUUUUUUCAGGGACUUGAAGCACUGUUUUACUGUAACAGUCAUAAAAGGAAAUCGUAGCCGACACCUUAGCGGCUAUAAGGUGAAAUAACUUUUGUCUUCUGCCCUCUGUCUGUUUUGAGGAAUUCUUUUUUUUUUUUUUUUUUUUUUUUUUUUAAAUCCAUCCCAUGCCUCCUCUCAGAGUGGUGCACAGAGGAUUAUGGGAAAGCACAAUCCUGCACUUCUUUGCCUGGAUGUGAUUUUUACGUCUUUUUAUGUACUAAAAUGUUAUGUCUUAACUUACUGUAAAAGGCUGCCUUAAUUAACAGACCUGUGCAAUCUGUUCCCCUCUCUCUGCAUUUCAGACACACCCAGUGCUCAUGUACUGUUUCUUGUUUAAAUAUUAAUCAGAGGGGUUUUUAGGGAUCAGGAUGUUAUUGUCCUCGUCUUUGUUUGAAAUUCUGUAUAUGUAUGUGAUUUUCAGCACCUUAUUAAAAAUGCAUUUUGAAAGAA